UCUUUAUAGAAAAAUGAACUCUCGUCGGUAUCCGUCUUGGUUUUGUGUUUCCUUUUUUUAGAGGAAAAAAGUCAUUGCAUUGAAAGAGUUCCCUAGCACGAACAUCUUCUUCUUCCUUAUUCCAGCAAGGACGUCAAUCACACAGGAUACACUAGUAAUGAGAGUUACCAAGAUUUUCCUUCGUUACUAUCCCCCAGGCCUUGGCUUCUGUUGUCGCAGUGUUGAGGGCGUUGAGGACAUCAAGCACAUUGACUUGCUAGACUUGGACACAAAGACAAAAGUUGAUCAAGUCAUUAAGGAAAUAUCCACGAAGGAACAAUGGCUGACGAAUCAGCCAAUUAAGCUAAUGCUUGAGGAUGCUAUCGUAAAGUUGCAAACAAAAUUGCGGGAACCAACAAAGAAGAAGUUCUAUCUGUAUCGCAGUGUCCAAUCGCACAUCCUGCCACUAACGAAUGUGUGCUUCGAUCGAAACGGUGAACGAUGUUUAACCGGAAGUUACGAUAGAACGUGUCGAAUUAUAAAUACGCAACAUGGCAAGGAGGAGAACUCAUUACAAGGUCAUAGUAAUGUUGUCUUUUCUGUGGGCUAUAACUUUCCAACAUGUGACCGAAUUGUGACUGGAUCCUUUGACAAUACAGCAAAAAUCUGGAAUGCACGUACUGCCGCAUGUUUAACCACCCUACCCGGUCAUACAGCCGAAAUAGUUGGUGCCGAAUUCAAUCCAAUGCACUUGGAUACCAUAGCAACAGCAUCCAUGGACAACACCGCAAAGGUAUUUCAUGCCGAAACUGGUCAAGAGCUAAUGUCUCUCGACUAUCACGGAGCCGAAGUGAUUUCCGCUCGAUUUAAUCGAGAUGGAAAUUUAUUGCUAACCGGAUCAUUUGACCACACUGCCGGACUCUGGGAUACACGUGCCAAUAUAAGUGUGGCCAGCUUUAGAGGCCACACAGCAGAGUUGAGCAAUUGUGUGUGGAAUUUUCCUGGCGAUUUGAUAGCCACCAGUUCGUUAGAUUCAACUGCCAGAAUUUGGGACCUCAGAAAUGCUAAUGAGUGUCUCUUUGAAAUCACAGACCAUCGCGAUGAAGUCCUUGAUAUUGCUUUUGAUUGCACUGGCAAAUUGCUAGCUACUGGGGGGACUGACUGUACGGCUAGGGUGUGGAGUAUAAAGGGUGAAUUGAGUCUUCUGGCACUCAUGGCUGGCCACAGUGAUGAGGUAUCAAAGGUGUGUUUUAGUCCUCCGGGCAAAGUCCUAAUGACUGCCUCCGCUGACCAAACGGCACGACUGUGGCUAACCGAAAGUGGGAUAUGUUCGCAAGUCCUCUCGGGACAUGAAUCGGAGGUGUUUUCAUGUGCAUUCAGCUACGCGGGUGAUAUAAUUAUAACAGCUUCCAAGGAUAACACUUGUCGGCUUUGGAGAUGAUACGAUUGGUAUACUGUCAACUUUAAUGUUGAUGACGGUAAGGAUGUGAAUGUGGUAGAUGAGGGAAAGUCAAAUGGGCAGAAAUAAAUGAACACAAACAUACAUCGAUUCGUUUUUGCGCAACAAUUCAUGCGAAAUUGAACCAUGUUAGAACAAUUCAGCAUCCAUAACAUAGUCGAGAAGAGAGAAGGAAAAAAAGUCCUUUUUGAGUGAGGAGGUGAUACGAGGAUACGAUACGAUAUACUCUAGCUGUCAGUGAAUGAGAGAAUGCCUUUGGGAGAAACCUUUCCAAUGUGAUUGGCACAUUGGGGAAAUUCCCAUUUCGCCUUUGGUAUCAGACUCUUAGAUGAUUAUGAUAGCCAGAGCAUAUGGCUCAAGGGAUAUCCGACUUUGACUACGAUACAACUAUAGAAUUUUAUUCAAAAGGACGUAGGAGUUGUAUAAAUAAUACGUCAGCAGAUCCUGAAAUGAGUAUUUUUUAUAUUUUUGUUUUUGUUUUUUAUUUUCUUUUGUUCGUGGGUAUAUGGGAAACAUGAACAUAAUAUACUCAAUUGAGUAUAAAAGAAUACAAGUUUUUUUUUGUGAAUAGUACGUGAAUGUAAUAAAAUUGAUUAGUUUUUGACUCUUAAAAUUUGUUCUGUUUGUCUUGUAGUUGUUGUAGGUUUUUUUGUUGAUGUCGAAUAUGUAUGAUUCGGAAGCAGGACAUAAACCUAUAAACGUAAAAAAAAAUCAUGAAUGCUCAAUAAGAUUUGUAUGUUUUUUUUUUUUGUUAAUACGCACUUCCUCAAAGUAUAAUUAUGGAACUCUUUUAUAUGUAUCUUUGACGUGGUAGUAAAGGAAAGGCAAAUAACCCUAAAAUUGCCAUUCAGUACAACAAACUAUUGUUUGAAGAAUAAAAAAAAUAUUAAAUCAAUGAGGAAUUUAGGCAUA